AUGGCUGCAAACGAACUGCGACUCUCUGGCCUUGUACUUGCUGCCGCACUGGUUGCUCUUAUGCUCUCAGCCUGUGCGCCCAGGGUUGCUGUUGCCAUUCGCCUGCCAUCUGCUACCAGCAGCCAGUGCCCAGUGGGUUAUGUGAAGGACGCAGAAGGCAACUGCAUUGACUCGUGCACAGUACGCAACUGCGGCACCAACGCGAGGUGCCUCAAGAGCCAGGCGGGCUGGGCGGACUGCGUGUGCGACAGGGGCUUCAAGCUGCUGCCCGAUGCGUCCUGCGCCCAGCUGUGUACGGCCGAGGACUGUGGGGAGAACGGGUACUGUGAGGAGGACCAAGGAAUCUCCUCCUGUCAUUGCAACCCUGGCUUUGAAAAGACUGCGGACGGCUGUGUUGAUACGUGUGUGCUCCAGGCGUGUGGUGAAAACGGCCAGUGCGUGAAGGACGCGGAGGGGGCGGCAUCCUGUGUUUGUGACCCGUUCUUUGGGCUGGCGCCGGAUGGCAAGACAUGCACAGACACAUGUGUGCUCCAGGAGUGUGGCGAGAACGGCCAGUGCGUGCAGGACGAGAAUGGGGCGGCGUCCUGUGUUUGUGACCCUGGAUUCACGCUGCGGGAUGAUGGCAAGUCUUGCCAUGACAACUCACCCAACGGGCCACCUGAUUUUGUUGACCUGCCACCUGCUGCUGUCAACCGCCCCUGCCCUGCGGGCGAAGAGAGGGAUGCAGACGGCAACUGCGUUGACGUGUGCGUGGUACGCAACUGCGGCCCCAACGCCAACUGCCUCAAGAGCGAGGGAGGCUGGGCGAACUGCGUGUGCGAAAGGGGCCUCAAACUCCUGCCCAACGCGUCCUGCUCUCACUCGUGCUCGAUAAUGGACUGCGGGGAGAACGCCUACUGUGAGAAGGAGGAGUCUCUCGCCGUCUGUCACUGCAACUGGGGCUACGCCAUGACCGAGGACGGCUGUGUUGACACAUGUAUACUGAAAGCGUGUAGCGCGCACGGUCACUGUGUCAAGGACGCGUUGGGGUGGGCCUCUUGUGUUUGUGACGUUGGCUUCACGCUGCAGAAAGAUGGCAGGACAUGCAAAGAUAACUGCAUUAUUAAGAACUGUGACAUACUCACGUCGUAUUAUUGUAUGAAAUAUCCAAACGGUAAUGCAGACUGUGUCUGCAGGUCAGGCUACACAAAGCUCUAUGGCGAAUGUGUUGGGCCUGCAACCUGCGGGAACUGUCCAGCUGGGGCCACAUGCACUCUUGUCUCAUCUACUCUCAAGGCUCCUUACUGCUACUGCCCUGGUGGCUAUGGCAUGACCAGCACUGGUUGCGUCCGUGGAUAUGCCCCAACCGUCUCCUCGGCGAGUUUCACCUUCUACAACCUGCCCAAGUAUGACUUAACACCCAACACCUACACUCUGCGCGUGAUCUACAACGGCUGCACCAACCUGCCUACGUCUAUUGGUUACUACGUCCAGUCAUACUGGCGAGUGGACCGUGCACCGGGAGGAAUUGGAAACUGCAAGACUAUCUACGUGUAUCGCUAUCCUAACUGCGCUGGAUCGCCCAUUGCUCAGCUCCCGUACCUGUCACUGGGCAGCAUCACUGCACAGGGUGUUCCGUAA